AUGGGCCCCUAUAUACCGCCUCCUCAUGCUGCUGCCAGGCCCCUAAUCUGCCAUGGGCCCCUAUACCGCCUCCUCAUGCUGCUGCUGGGUCCAGAGUGUCUCAUGGGUCCCUGUACGGCCCUCACCAUUGCUGCUGUCUCCCAUCGCCACACUCUGCCAUGUGCCACUUUGAGGUCUCCUCACACUACUGCUGUUUCCAUUUGUCAUAGGUUGCUGCGAGAUUACAGGCCUCCCAUAGGUGCUGCCAGGCCCCCCCGUAAUCUGCCAUGGGCCCUAUAACUGUACCGCCGCCUCCUCACGCUGCUGCCAGGGUCCACAGUGUGUCAUGGGUCCCUGUAACCGCCUCCCAUUGCUGCCCACUCUGCCAUGUGCCACUUUCAGAGGGUCUCCUCACACGCCUGCUGGUUUCCAUUUUUGU